AUGAUUCUAACAGACCUUCUCCGUGUCGAGCCUCUUGAUGCACUUGGCCCUCUCGACAUCUUCAACAGCCUCUCGUGGAUGAACAGCACCGAUAUUUCUCUUAUCAAUGCAUCUCUAGACCCAGUCAAUACUCGAUCCACGCGAGCGAUUGCAGCAAAUGCCACCGGCCAGUCCAUCGUGCCGACACACACCUUUUCUACAGCUCCUGCCUUGGAUGUGCUUAUCGUUCCAGGUGGACUUGGUAUGCGAGAAUCUACUCCGGCGGUCGAACAAGCCAUAGACUUUGUCCGAGAUACAUAUCCUACGGUCAAGUACCUCAUUACCGUGUGUACUGGAGCUGGUGUUGCGGCCCAGGCGGGCGUUCUGGAUGGGAAACGAGCGACGACGAAUAAAAAGGCAUGGAACGAGAUUAGUGCGAUGAGUGAUGCUGUGAAAUGGGUUCCUCAUGCGAGAUGGGUGGUGGACGGGAAUAUCUGA